AUGGAUCUCAUUACAACUGUUUCUACGGGCAUCCUAGCUAUUUGGAUGUUAUGUUUGGUUUCCGUUUGGGUACUAUUUCGAAUUUACUGUACCAAACUUCAAACGGCCAAUAUUCGACGACGAACAGAUCUCAUGCGGAAACUUGGACGAAAUCCUGAAUCUCAAGCUUUAGUUGGAUUCUUUCAUCCGUACUGUAAUGCUGGAGGAGGAGGCGAACGUGUACUUUGGACAGCAAUAGCUGCCAUACAGCGAACUGAGCCAAACAUUGUCACCAUCGUUUAUAGCGGGGACACCGAUGCAACAAAAGAUGAGAUCAUCUCCAAAGUGAAGGCGCGGUUUGAUAUUACCUUGGAUCCAGAAGCCCUCGACUUCGUGUUUUUAUCUUCUCGAAGAGCCAUUGAGGACUCGACCUGGAGAUAUUUCACAUUAUUGGGGCAAAGCCUUGGUUCUAUGUACCUCGCUUGGGAAGCUAUGUCGAAACUCAUACCAGACUUGUAUAUUGAUACCAUGGGCUACGCGUUCACGUUCCACAUUGUCUCUUUACUCACAGGAAUUCCAGUCGGAGCCUACGUUCAUUAUCCCACAAUCAGUACAAGCAUGCUGAAUCGAGUCAAAUCCCGCAAGAAAUGGCACACCAAUUCUGAUGUCAUAUCGUCAUCCACUUUCCUUAGCCAAAGCAAACUCUUGUACUACCGAGUUUUUAUGUAUUAUUACGCAUUGUCUCUUAAGAGUGCUGCUUUCAUUAUGGUCAAUUCGUCAUGGACCCAGAAUCACAUCAAUGAAAUCCUACAAUAUUCUGAUGUCCUUCUGGAUACUUUGCAUCGCAUAAUACCAUUCAAGUUGAUCCACAGCAAAUACGGAUCGGUGACCUCAGCGCAGAUUGUUUAUCCUCCUUGCGACACCCGAGAAAUCUCACAAUUUCCUCUGACAGGUCGAGAUCGAGUGAUUCUAAGCCUUGCUCAGUUCAGACCUGAGAAAGACCAUCCGACUCAACUACGAGCGUUCAGUCGACUUCUCAAAGAUCGUCCAGAGUACAUCAACCCUACACGUCCAGUAAAGCUCGUGUUGAUCGGUGGGAGCCGAAAUGCGGACGACGAAGCUCGAGUACAAAAUCUUCGUUCUCUUGCGAAAGAUCUUAAUCUUGAGGCAUGGCUUAAGAAUAUCGAAUUCGUGGUCAAUGCUCCAUAUCCGACCGUGCUGAAUUGGCUAGCCGAAGCUAGCAUCGGCUUAAGUACGAUGGUAGACGAGCAUUUUGGAAUCAAUGUCGUUGAAUUCAUGGUCAUUAUAAUUCCACUCCACUCUUUACCGUCGCUUCUUACUAAUGGAACGGUGCAGGCUGCAGGUUUGAUUCCUGUCGCGCACAAGUCUGGCGGACCUCUACAAGAUAUCAUCGUCCCGUUCCAAGGACAACCGACAGGAUAUCACGCCGACAGCGUCGAGGCAUUUGCAGAGGCGUUACAUAGUGCCCUCUCAUUAUCAACUGAUGAAGACCUUGCGAUGCGACAGCGCGCGAGAGCUUGGGCCGUUCAGCGCUUUUCUGAAGAGGAAUUUGAGAAGGGCUGGAACGCUAGUAGAUGGAAAAGUUUUAUUUCGUUAAAUUGA